GUUGCUAUUCUUGACAUACUCUCAAGUCAACCAGCUCAGCCCGGGCACCAAAGGACCUGCGACUGUCAGACGAGCUUGGCUCCCGCUUUACUUUCUCUACACAUGCGGGACAUUCGGACUGAGACUCUCAACUUUAUCCCUCCUCAGAUGAACGCUGAUGAGCACAACUGCCUCUGUAUUGCUGCCUUAUCCCGGGCUUUUAACAACUUUGGACUCCAAGCCUGGCAGUCAGCCACAGUAAAGAAGCCUGCCGGAGACGCUCUUGAAACUGCCGUGAAUGGACUAACUAGGCUAGGUAGCACAAGACAAGCUCCAUGGCGGGACCUUUCACACAAGUUCAGAACUGCCACGGUGCCACCAACUAACCUUACUCUAGAGCGUAUGCUCUACAUUGACCGUCGACGUCUCUCUCUGUCUCUGUUCCACCGUCAGCCACACAGAAUAGAGCUGUCCAAUACCUAUCUAGCGCCUCUGCAGGGAGAGUGCCGCCCCCUUCCCGCGAGACACAGCGCGCCAUCUCCAUUGUACACGCGACGACCAUACACCAACAGGGACGGUGCCACGGCUCAACACCUUCCCGUGCAACAGCUCGGAACUCGGAGUCGAGGCCUGGUCCUGGCAACCGCUAUAACCCCUGAUUCUGCUACUGGCGAUGCGAUGAACACUCUUUACCCCAGUGCCCGGUGGCUUUGGGGCUCGUCUCUCGCUCGCCUCCCACCCUUGGUGUUUCUCCAAUGAUAUCGGGCUGUCACGUCACCGUGCCCAUCACUUUUCGUCAACGACUAAGCACCGUCCAUCCGUCGAGCCAACCAUAAUUCGCACAGC